UCGUGCUGAAGCCACGCUCGGAGCGCGACUGAAAGCUUACGAGAGCUUUCCGGGUAAAGCCGCAGCAGGAAUCUCAGUGCGUCUUGGCGAAAUUUUUCAAAGACGUAAAACCAGUGAUUCGCUAACCACAAUGUGACGUGAAACUUGGUGUCAGAAUUAAAUUCGUAAUAGUAAAAAUUUAUUAAAUUUAUUAAGUUUGUUUGCGAACUUAACUAAUAAGUGUGCUUCGAGUUAAAUUAGUGUGAUUGUUCGCUAACUGAAAUCCAGUUGUACUGAUGUAAAUAGAGUUAAUUACUGUCGAUGUACAAUUAGGAGACUGACAAUGGCGACACUUCGAAUCGUGAUGCUCUUCUGCUUUGUCGCUUUUCUUUCCCUGGGGCAGAGCAUGAUAGGCGUUUCUCAGAAAGAAGUUACGACCUUUCUGAAAUCAAUUGAACCCGCAGCUAAUAUUAAUGAAUCCCACGGAACAUCUCCAGAAGUUUCAGUGGUUGUGACUCAAGACAUUGAAGCCGUCGAGGGAAAAAGUGUUAGUUUGCCGUGUGAUGUGACACCCCCCAACAACUAUGACAAAGUGUACAUGGUUUUCUGGUUCCAACAAGGCUCCGGCUUCCCCAUUUACAGCUUCGACGUCCGCGGGAAGCCCCUAUCCAGGGCGAGUCAUUGGUCCGCACCGGAUCUGUUCGGCACUCGAGCCUACUUCCGGACGGUGUCUGAACCUGCACAGCUCGUCAUCGACGACAUCCGGCGCCACGAUGAGGGCGUCUACCGGUGCAGAGUGGACUUCCGCAAUGCACAGACCCGCAGCGUCCGCUAUAACCUGACAGUCAUCGUCCCGCCGGAACAGCCUACCAUCUUGGACAAGUGGGGCCGUCAGUUAAACGGAACCGUGGGGCCGCACGAAGAAGGCGACGACAUCACUCUCACCUGUCGGACGGUGGGCGGCCACCCUCAGCCGGUGGUCCGCUGGCUGAUCAACGCCGACAUCGUCGACGACCAGUACGAGCAUAACGCCGGCGAUGUCAUCGAGAACAGGCUGGUGAAGGCCGGCGUCACCAGAAAGGAUCUGGAUGCCAUCUUCACGUGUCAAGCUGUCAACACGGUGCUGACCGAACCGAAAACGGCUUCGGUCGUCCUGGAUUUGUUACUUAAGCCCCUCACGGCCCGGAUCCUGAAGACUGUGAGCCCUCUGGUGGCCGAAAAACGAUACGAAGUGACCUGCGAGUCGGCAGGAUCCCGACCUCCUGCAGUUAUCACCUGGUACAAAGGAAAACGGCCUCUCCGCAGGACGAAGCAAGAAACGCGAGAAAAUGUAACAAUAAGUGAGUUAAGUUUCGUUCCGACGACCGAGGACGAUGGAAAAUCCAUAACAUGCAGAGCUGAAAAUCCCAACGUCACGGGACUCUUUCUGGAAACAUCGUGGAAAAUCGACGUCGUUUACCCCCCGCAAGUGUCGCUCCAUUUGGGGAGUACGCUCAAUGCUGAUGACAUCAAGGAAGGAGACGACGUCUACUUUGAGUGUCGAGUUACAGCCAACCCCCAGUGGAGAAAACUCACUUGGUUGCAUAACGGCUUCGUACUUAACCACAACAUGUCUGGUCGCAUCAUCCACAGCAACCAAAGUUUGGUUCUCCAAAAGGUAACCAGACAAAGCGCCGGCCGAUACGUCUGUUCUGUGGUGAACAGCGAGGGAGAAACGCUCAGCAACGAACUCAACUUCAGAGUACAAUACGUCCCCACGUGUCGCUUCGAAAAAAUCAUGGUAGUGGGAGCUUCCAGAGGCGAGAGUGUCGACAUCGUCUGCGAAAUCGACGCCGACCCCCCAGCUAAAAGCUACCGGUGGAAGUUCAACAACUCGGGGGAAACGUUGGAUGUGGCGGCGGAAAGAUUUGCCAAGACAAGUAACGGAACAGUGAGUGUCCUGCGGUAUACGCCCGUCUCGGAACUGGAUUACGGCUCCUUAUCCUGCUGGGCCGUCAACGCCAUCGGACAUCAGAUUAAUCCUUGCGUGUUCCAGGUUGUCGCAGCAGGCAAGCCGUUUCCCGUACGAAACUGCUCCUUGUCUAACCAAACGAGCAGUUCGGUGGAGGUGAUGUGCUUAGCAGGAUUUGACGGCGGUCUUCCGCAACACUUUCUCCUGGAGUUGUACUCGGCUAGUUCCACCAGUCCCAGAUACAACAUGACGGGCCUGAACGAGCCCUACUUCUUCCUAGACAACUUGGAGCCAGAUGUUACCUUCAGGAUCGUCGUGUUCGCCGUGAAUGCGAAGGGAAGGAGUCACGGAGUCGUGCUGGAAGAGGUCACGUUUAGGGACGCCGAGAAACGCACAGCUUCAGAUGGAGACCUGCCGUUUUCGCCCGUCCUCGGAGUGCUGAUCGGAGCCACCGCUACCAUAAUAAUCGUGAUCCUAUUGGUAAUAAUAAGAGUUCGAAGAUCCCAGAGUCAGCCUGAGUCGACAAUAGAACAAAAAGUUGCUGGCGGUCCGCACCACAACACAAUGUCCUCCACAAAGCCACUGUUGAGGAGUGCCUCUCCGCGAGACGCGGACGAGAGGGAUCCCGAUGUAAUUCCCGCUAAAUACGGCUCCCCCGACGGAGAAAGCGACAGGAACGUGGGGUCGCUAAACGGUCCCCAAAGUCUUCCUCUAGGAACUCUUGCCACAUCACCGAAUUACGCUCAGACGAAUGUCCCCGCACCCCAGUGGGUUAGUCCCGUUAGUGUUGCUCCCGCUGUCGAGCCGAUGUAUCAUCUGUAUAAUAAUCCCGUGGCGAUGGUGGGCACGUUUCCAAGGGACUCCAGGCCAAAGGACCUUCGUUUAGGAAACGGAAGCUCAUCUACCCUUCAGAGGGCGACGGAUUUGGAACUAAACGGAUUAGCCAUUAAAGAGAGACUCAUGGCAAACCGGUUGCCGGAGAGUUGUGUUUAAAAGCAAGUGUCUUGUAAUGUCGGGUUGGACUAUUUUAAGUUAAGGACCGUCCAAACGCUACAUGAUGAUAGUGUGCCGAUUUUCAGCGAAUGUUUCGGGUUUGUGGGAUGGGAAGUUGUUAAAGGGCGAUGUAGAACUGUUGGUAAACAAAGAGGAUUGUUUCAGUUUCAUAUUAAUUUAUCAUUGUUUCAGUUUCAACGGUCUUUUGACGAAAAUUUGCUCAUAUGCCACUGAAAACAUUUUUAACGAGGCUUAGUAGGUUCUGAUCAGCAGUUAUCAAAAUAUUUAAUUUUUAUAAUAAUAAUUCAAAAUUUGCAAAUCCAACAUUUUUAAGGGUGAAUUUUGCAUACAUCUUUUCACUUGCAAGAGAAUGCAACUUAAAAGGUUUGUACAAAAAAUGAGUUCUGUCAGACUACAACAAAACAUGUUUUUAAUUAAUGAACGCGGUCUAUAUAUUUUUCCACCACCAGAUCUUUGGUACACCGGUAUAUAUAAUAAUUUACAAAAUUUUUAAGGUGUUAUAGAUUCCAUAAAUAAUUACUUUAAAGUGCUUGUUACUAUCAUAUCUACGUCCUAGUUGCCAUUGUACUUCGUGGUCUUAAAAUAAGCAAAACGACAUUAUGUAGAUACAUAAUGGGUAUUAUAUUUUUCUUUUUACUGAAACCUUUUGUAGAAUUUGUCAGGCUCGUGAAAUGUGUAAAAACAGUUUUCUAAAAUAUUACACUCAGGUUCGUUUUAUUAGUUGUUUAUUUGUCGAUUUUUUUAAUGGGCUAAAAUCAGACUAAUAUAUUUAUAUUCAAUCUCUUAAUUUUUAGCUUUAAAAAAAUUUAAAGAAAUACUAAAACUAACUAUUUUCCGCACGUUAAGUCUUAUAGUUUAGAAUUUAUCAUACCUGAAUGGGCCGAAAACAAAUGUAGAAAUUUUCCAAAAUCUUCACUUUCAGACUUCAAAAAAUUUUUUUUCAAUCUACUGAAAUAAUUGAGAUGAUUAUGCUUAUCGUUAUUUUCUUAAAUAAUGACGAUAAGCCAUUUAUACCUUAAAUAGGUACAGCAUACAUUUUGUGACAUAUCAAAGUCAAUUCUAGUUGUUGUGAAGGUAACAAACCAUGCACAAAUUAUUUUUUAAUAUCUGGUUGACCGAGUUUCACUCGGCUCGUUUGGUAGUAUUAGAUCAGAUUAGGACAGAUAAAUAUGCGUAUUGUAUGCAUUUUGAAGUACACGCGCUACU